UAACGUGUAACGCUGUUGCCACCUUGUGCCUAAAAUGGGAUAAUUUACAGACAGUCCAGUUGAUAAAGUUAUUUUUAGUCAGGCACUUAGGCCUUCAUGUGCAAAACAAUGUGAGGCCCUGAGAAAAUGCAUCCACUUUUCUGGGAAAUGUAGUUUAAGAAGCCGUUGUCUCCACUCUGUUUGAAACGCUCAGUACUACGACUCCCACAAAGCCUUGCUGACGUUAGCUCGUGUCGGACGAUAUGGCGUCUUCUUGAAGCGAACAUAAAUCGCAAGUGUUUUGUUGAUGAGAGAUUAAGAUGGCAGCCGACUCCACAGACAAGAAGGAUGCUGAGGCCUCAGGAUCCAAAGACAGAGAGAGGAAACGCAGCCGCUCGCGGGAGCGUAAAGCCUCACCUACACGCAACAAACGCCAUCGUUCUCGUGAACGAAAUCGCUCUAAAUCUGCAGAAAGAGAACGACGCAUGAAGGACAAGGAUAGAGACAAGGAACGUGACAGAGAUAAGGACAGAGAGCGGGGCCGUAAGGACAGAGAUGGCCAUCGGCGUGAUAAAGAUCGCAGCAAGAGGUCCAGAAGUAUUUCACCCAAGUCAAAGGAUGCCAAAUUAAAGAGAGACAGGGAAAUAAAAACAGAAGAAGAGGAAGAUGAAAAAAAGAAGAAAGAGAAGGUCCAACCUUUGUCUUUGGAAGAGCUUCUCGCCAAGAAGAAGGCAGAAGAGGAAGCUGAAGCAAAGCCCAAGUUCCUCUCCAAGGCGGAGCGAGAAGCUGAGGCUUUGAAACGGAGGGAGCAACAGACAGAGGAAAGGAGGAGGUUAUUGGAAGAGGAGAGGAAGAAGAGAAGGAUGUUCCAGGACAUGGGGAGAAAAAUGAUGGAGGACCCACAGGAGAGGGAGAGACGAGAGCGAAGAGAGCGAAUGGAUCGAGAGAACAACGGGAAUGAAGAAGAUGACGGGCGACAAAAGCUCAGAGAGGAGAAAGAUAAGAGCAAAGAACUCGUCGCCAUCAAGGAGCGUUACUUGGGUGGGCUCAAGAAACGCCGUAGAACCCGUCACCUGAAUGACAGGAAGUUUGUGUUUGAGUGGGAUGCUUCUGAAGACACUUCAGUUGACUACAACCCAAUUUACAAAGAAAAGCAUCAGGUACAGCUGUACGGGCGAGGCUUCAUCGCCGGCAUCGACUUGAAGCAGCAGAAAAGAGACCAGUCACGUUUUUAUGGUGACCUGAUGGAGAAAAGACGCACACUGGAAGAGAAGGAGCAGGAAGAGGUAAGACUGAAGAAGAUGCGUAAGAAGGAAGCCAAGCAGCGCUGGGACGACAGACAUUGGUCUCAGAAGAAGCUGGACGAGAUGACGGACAGAGACUGGCGAAUCUUCAGAGAGGACUACAGCAUCACCACCAAGGGAGGAAAGAUCCCGAACCCCAUCAGGAACUGGAAGGAGUAUUCGCUGCCCGCACACAUCCUGGAGGUCAUCGACAAAUGUGGCUACAAGGAUCCGACACCUAUUCAGAGGCAGGCCAUUCCCAUUGGUUUACAGAACCGUGACAUCAUUGGUGUGGCUGAGACAGGUAGCGGUAAAACAGCUGCUUUCCUUAUUCCACUGCUGGUCUGGAUUACUACCCUGCCAAAGAUUGACAGGAUUGAAGAUUCAGACCAGGGUCCGUAUGCUGUGAUCCUGGCCCCGACUCGUGAGUUGGCGCAGCAGAUUGAAGAGGAGACCAUCAAGUUCGGUAAACCGCUUGGCAUCCGCACAGUGGCUGUGAUUGGAGGAAUCUCCAGAGAGGACCAGGGCUUCCGUCUCAGGAUGGGCUGUGAGGAGAAAUGUCAGCAGGAGGAGGUAGUGAUGUGCGCAAAGGCCAUCGCUCGGGCAAAACAAGGGCAAUGUAUGAGAUGGGAGGGAGUGCAGAGGAGAAAGACCUCCUGGAAAGAGCUGUGGGAAAUGGAGACAUUCAGAGCAAGCUUCACCAUUAAGGCUGCCUAUGACGCCUUGCCAUCUCCCAAGAAUAUCAGCUAUUGGUACAGAGAAGACCCUACAUGCUGUCUCUGCUCAUCUCCAGCAACACUAAAACACAUCCUAGUGGGUUGCAAGACCAACCUCAUUCAAGGCAGCUACACCUGGCGGCACAACCAGGUGUUACAGAGUCUUGCAGCCAUGCUGGAAAUUAGGCAGAUGAGCAUUAACACCCUUCCUCCUCCUUCAUUCAGCUGGCAGCAGUAUUUGUCCGAGAAGGUGGAGGGCAGACCAGGCUCGCCACAGCAAGUCCAGACACUGGGCAGCUGCGCGGUGCACUCGGAAGAUGAUGGCAGACUUAGGCAAGAGGCAAAAUGA